AUGGAGACUAUCAAUAACCUCGCCAGCAAAGCCGCCAAUGUCGUUGGAGGUAAACAAAACACAGCUGCAACCGAUGAAAGUGUUCCACGCUCCAUGCAACAGAAUGACUCAAUUGGUGGUUCAUCCCAGCCAAACUACAGUGGAACAACCGAUCCCCUAGGCCACACCAACAACGAAGCACCUAUCGGCGGCCCCUCCAGUACAGCCCACUCCAACGUAAAGGAACCCGGCUUCACCCAAAAUCCAAGCUUGAACUCGUCAGAAAUGGGCGCAAGAGACGAUGUCACCGGCACCUCACACCUAGGCAAAGGUGUAUCCGACUCCACCCACUCAACCAACACAGAAAGCGAGUCCAAGUCCGACCCCCUAGGCCACACCAACAACGAAACCCCCAUCGGCGGCCCCUCAAGCACCGCCCACUCCAACGUCAAAGAACCAGGCUUCACCACCGAACCCAGCUCCGAAGAAAUGGGUGCCCGCGCCGACAUCAAAGGCGCAACCCCAGCGCAAGGCAUACCCACCGCCCCUCGCGCCGCAGACUCCAAACCCGCAGACGCGACGGACACGAAGGGCGCACAAUACACGCCUACAUCGCGCGAGCCCGAUUCUUCAGAGAAGGAAGAAGUGAAGAAAGACGACGACGGACAUAUCCUGAAACCUGGGUCUGCGGAGGCGAAGGUGCAGGGUAAAUCGGUGUUGCCGACGAGCGAGCGGCCGUAUGGCGAAAGCGGGAUUCCGGAUGUGGUGGAGAAGGAUUUGAAGUCUGAUGGUGAGUAUAGGCGGGGUGGGGAGAGGGGGGGGAUGAAGCCGCCGACUGGGAGUGGGAAUGAGGAGGGGAGGUUGGAGGGGAAGGAUGAUGAUAAGGUUUUGGAGGAGAAUGGGGUUAGGAUUACGGGGAAGACGGCUGCUAGGUAG